GUGGAGGAAGUUUGGAUUCCUAACACCAAGUUCUGCAACUUAUACCUCUGAAAGAUGUGGUGUGAGUAGUUCUUUAAUUUUUCCUCUCAACCCAAAUUCUCACAAUUCACCAUCCUGGAGGGUACCAAAUUCACUACACACAAAUCCCUGAAAAAUAUCCAAAACUCUGCCAUGGCGGCAUGCGCAUUUCACAGCAAAGACAAGAAACGUUGCCCAACAAAUUGCAUAUUCAGAGACGUUUUUCCAAAAUCUGAUGAGAAUGCUCUGAAGGUGCGUGAUUUUUUCAAGCUUGAAAAACUAGUUGACUUUGCGAAGUCCUUGAGUGGCAUUGAGCGAGAGGAAGACCUGGUACGCUCACCGGAGAUCAAUGCUUUUCUAUGGGAAGUUUACAAUUUCGUGCAAGAUAUCAAUACCCAUUCUGGAGGUCCAUACUCAAGGAUUGAGGCUGUGCUGAAAAAUCUGAAAGCAGCCCGAAGCUAUCUCUCUCAAAAGCCGAUCCUUGCAGAUGUUCUGUUGGAAGCCUCCAUUAAGAUCCUGGAGAAACAAGAGGAAGUCUAUGAUUGUUUGGCGCUAGUUGAGGGUUUGAAUCUAGAGUUGGACAAAGAAGCAGAGGAGCAAGCCAAAGAAGCGGCUGAGCAAGAAGUUGCAUUCAAAGAAGCCGCGGCAUAAGAAGUAGCAGCCGAAGAAGCAGCGGGCGAAGAACCAUUACAGGACCGGAAAUAAGACAGCCGAUAUGGCAGGGGGUGUGCUUAGGUGGACGGUUGUUGAUGAUGUAUGUAGAUGAAGUCAUGAAGAUGCAUGAGAUAUGAUGUAUGUACAAAGAGCAGCUAUAAAGCUCAUUCUUGUAACAGAAUUGGUUAUCGAAAGUGAAUGCAGUUUUCUCAUUAUCUUCAGUUUCUCUCCUCUUCACAUCCCUUCUAAGACUCUGUUUCUCAUCUCACCUCCCUUCUCGAUUCUUUUCUCAUCUCUAUCUCUUGAUUCUUUAAGGAUUGUUGACUGGGUUAUAUCAAGAACCCGAUAACUGAUGUUCGACGAUAGAGUUUUACCCAUUCAAUCUUGAAAAUGUUUCGGAGAUGUUGCGAUGUUUCCAGGUUUUGCAUCCAGUUUGAGGUCUUUUUGCCACUUUGACUCUCUAAUAAAAUCACGCAUCGAAU